GCUGUAGCCUGGGAGUCAGAGUACCAGGAUGGCAACAGCCCCAGAUCUGCCACUCAGUGUGUGAUCUUUAGCCUCCCAUGUCCCCUCUGAGCCUUGAUUUCCUCAUGCAGAAAGGGGGCAGUGACCUAUAUGGUUUCCCCAGCUGUGCCACUGUGGGCUCUCACUAAACGACUCUCCAGUGAUGCAGGGGUGUCACCCAUGUAUUGCUGACCUUGACCCAUGUCCAAGAGUCUUCCCUGAGCUUCGGAUCCCCAUUGAGAAAUAAGGAAAAUAUACAGGCUCCUGGGGUUGGAGUUGCCCUUCCCCUCACCCACCAUGUCUUUGCCCCACUCUGCCUGUGUCUUUAGGUGUCCAUCAACUCCCUAAUCAGCCCUUCACACACUGGGCUAUGGGGCUGUUCCCUAGGAAACAGAAACCCACCUCAGACACCAAUGUGACUUGUGUCAGGAGCUUGCACAGUGGGUCUCAGUGAUAACUUUCAGCUCUGUCCCCCACUCCCACUCUCAUGAGCUUCUAGCCCAGGAGACCUAGCCAGGCCCAGGCUGGGGGAACUAGACCCCUGGGUCCAGUGACCAGACCUGGGGGCCACUGCCUGAGGACUCCAGCUUCUCUUCCCCAGGUGACCAUCAGAUGGGGAGAUGGCUGAUACCCAGAACAUUUCGCUAGACAGCCCAGGGAGUGUGGGGGCCGUGGCAGUGCCUGUGGUCUUUGCCCUUAUCUUCCUGCUGGGCACAGUGGGCAACGGGCUGGUGCUGGCGGUGCUGCUGCAGCCCGGCCUGGGUGCCUGGCAGGAGCCAGGCAGCACUACGGAUCUGUUCAUCCUCAACCUGGCAGUGGCGGACCUCUGCUUCAUCCUGUGUUGCGUGCCUUUCCAGGCCGCCAUCUACACACUGGACGCCUGGCUCUUUGGGGCCCUUGUCUGUAAGGCUGUGCACCUGCUCAUCUACCUCACCAUGUAUGCCAGCAGCUUCACGCUGGCUGCCGUCUCAGUGGACAGGUACCUGGCCGUGCGGCACCCGCUGCGCUCGCGGGCCCUGCGCACUCCCCGCAACGCCCGCGCCGCCGUGGGCCUGGUCUGGCUGCUGGCGGCGCUCUUCUCAGCGCCCUACCUCAGCUACUACGACACGGUGCGCUACGGCGCGCUCGAGCUCUGCGUGCCCGCUUGGGAGGACGCGAACCGGCGCGCCCUCGAUGUGGCCACCUUCGCCGCCGGCUACCUGCUGCCCGUGGCUGUGGUGAGCCUGGCCUACGCGCGCACGCUGCGCUUCCUAUGGGCGGCCGUGGGCCCCGCGGGCGCGGCAGCGGCAGCGGCCCGGCGCAGGGCCACGGGCCGCGCGGGGCGCGCCAUGUUGGCGGUGGCAGCGGUCUACGCGCUCUGCUGGGGCCCGCACCAUGCGGUCAUCCUCUGCUUCUGGUACGGCCGCUUCGCGUUCAGCCCGGCCACCUACGCCUGCCGCCUGGCCUCGCACUGCCUGGCCUACGCCAACUCCUGCCUCAACCCGCUGGUCUACGCGCUCGCCUCGCGCCACUUCCGCGCGCGCCUCCGCCGCCUGUGGCCCUGCGGCCGCCGCCGCCGCCGCCACCGCGCCUGCUGCCCCCCGGGAGCCCGCCGCGCCCUGCGUCGCAUCCACCCGGCGUCCUCGAACCCUGCGGGCUGCCCCGGGGACGCACGGCCUCGCGGGAGGCUGCCGGCCGGGGGCGACGGCGGCGGCUGGGGCAGGGAGCCCGGGGAGGAGCCUGCCCACGCCGGGAAGGCUGGACCAGCCCUGUCUGCCCGAGGACCGGAAUAAACCUUGUCCGCCUCCACUC